GGGCGGGGGCCGGCGGCGGCGCGGGGCCGAGCUGGGCGCCGGCGCUCCGCGGGACACCGGGUCGCGAGCGGCCGAGUCGCGGAGGCGCCGCCGCUGCAGUCGCUGCAUCCCCGAGCGACAUGGCCGACAGCAAGGCCAAACCCGCCAAAGCGGCCAACAGGACGCCGCCUAAGUCCCCGGGUGACCCUGCCAGGGACAGGGCAGCCAAGAGGCUGUCACUGGAUUCAGAAGGUGCCAGCGAGGGGGCGGCUGCCACGGGCCCCGAGCUCAGCGCCCUGGAGGAGGCCUUCCGGCGCUUUGCCGUGCACGGGGACACGCGGGCCACGGGGAAGGAGAUGCACGGCAAGAACUGGUCGAAGCUGUGCAAGGACUGCCAGGUGAUCGACGGGAAGAACGUGACCGUCACCGACGUGGACAUCGUCUUCAGCAAGAUCAAGGGGAAGUCCUGCCGGACCAUCACCUUCGAGCAGUUCCAGGAGGCGCUGGAGGAGCUCGCCAGGAAGCGGUUCAAAGACAAGAGCGCAGAGGAGGCGGUCCGCGAGGUGCACCGGCUCGUGGAGGGCAAGGCGCCGGUCAUCUCGGGGGUCACGAAGGCCAUCUCUUCGCCCACUGUGUCUCGGCUCACCGACACGACCAAGUUCACAGGCUCCCACAAGGAGCGCUUCGACUCCUCCGGCAAGGGCAAGGGCAAGGCCGGCCGGGUGGACCUGGUGGACGAGUCGGGCUAUGUGCCCGGCUACAAGCACGCGGGCACCUACGACCAGAAGGUGCAUGGGGGCAAGUAGCUCCGUGGAUCUGUGCCCCGAGACGCUGCAGGUGUCUGGGAACAGGAACUGUACCCUAUCACUUCAUUACAUUCCUGUGGACAUUCCUGUGCUCACUUGGGCAGAACUCAGAGGGCGCCUUGUUGGGGGCUGGGGCAGCUGUGGGGGCCACACCCAGGCCUCCCUCCUGCUGGGCACCCAACACUCCCUCUCAGACCCCAGGUUUGGGCCCUGACUCUCCCUAUCACGCCUGCCUCGGCCUGAGCUGGAGAGUGGACGGCCGCUUCCAAGUGUCUCCUGGGAUCACACCACACUGGCAACCUAGUUGGCAGGGGAAAGGGGUGUUUUAAAGGAGCUGGUCAUCGUGGGGCUCUGGGAAACAGACCCUGUAGGAGGCCACGCCGACCUCCUGACUGGAAGACACUUUCCAGGGGCCUUGAGGGCUACAGUAGCUAAGGCACUAACCAACAGCACAAAUAAAGCCGAUCGAGCGAGCUCCAGACUCCUGCUGUGGGCCCUGAGGCCUGUCCUGUGGCAGACACCACAGGGUCCUCUGGGCCCUCCUUAGAGGCCAGGCGUGGGGAGGCAGGUCCCACAAGCACACACACAUGCUUGCACAUGCUCAUGUACACAUGUCCUACACACACACACUCACACACACAGUUGAGGUGACAAGAAGGCUGAGGGACACAACAGGCAGCUUCCUGGCUGACCAGAGUGACCUGGAGCAUGAAGUUAGCUGUCUUUCGGUUGCUUUCCUGAGAUGGUGGCUGCACGUCUGUUCUCAGAGUGGGUCCAGGAAGAUGCAGGAUGUCCUGUCCCCACGUUGCCAGGCAGGAGCCUCACCAGUACGUGACAGGCAUGUCUGCCCGGCCUCCCGCUUGUCCAUUCAUACUGCCACCCAUUUGGCUCCCAAACCUCCUGUCAGCCACAGCUGAUGCAGUUUCAACUCUCUCUAAAUGGCCCUACUAGCCUCUCCUGACCCUUUGGAGUGCAGGACGCCAAACGGGCCUGCAGCACUGGCCGAGGCUUUGUCCUCCCCCAUCGUGGAGUGCACAGGAGUCAGCGGGCACAGCCUGCCCAGGACCCCCACACGUCUACACUGUGAGCACGUGGCAGGGCAGCCUGUCCUUGCACAUGUCUGCACAAGAACCCUGUGCUGCUGCUCUGUCCUGGGGAUGCCAGUCAGUGUGGCCAUUUGCUGUCACGUUGGCCUCCAUGGUCAUCUGUCCCUUGGCAUGAACAUCCAUCACCUUGAGUGUAACCUGCUGGGCCAUGUGGUUCUGGAGCUGGUCCUGGAAAGAGCCCAAGGCAGCCCCAGGGAAAUGCUCCCAGGAGCUUGUCUGCCCUUGGCUCCAUCCAGCUCUAUGCAGGGCAGAUGGCCGUCCAGGGCUGGGCUUAUGGUGCAGGUGGACAGCAGGCCCCUCCCUCACUGCCACAGGACACAGACAUGCCACCUACCUGCCCUGAGCGCUGAGAAUACCUGGUCACAGGAGCAGCCCACCCACCCAUGUGGGGCGGAGCCUCAGGGCUCCCUGCUGAACGAUCACCUGAAGGUCUGGGCUUCUCAGGCCCCUCAAAGGGAGACCUCAACUCAAGGAUGGGGUGGCCCAAUGGGAACCUUCCUUCUGAGGUUCUGAAGCUCACAGUGCCUGGUGUUGAAGACCAAGGAACAGUGGCUCUCAGGCUGCAAGAUUCCCUUGUAGGGCCCAGCCGAGCCCCAUCUCCUGGCUAUGCCCAACUGGCCCUUGUGUGAAACCUACAGGCAAAUGUAAGAUGUGAGAAAUGUCUGAAAAUAACUGUGAGUGUACAGUGUUUAAUAACCUUAUCACAACCCAAAAAGCCCUUGUGUUCAAGAUGCUGAUGACUUUCAUUAGGGUCGAUGAACAGGCUGCUGUCCAGGUCGAGCAGCUUAGGACCUGGAAAGACACUGGCACCCCACACCCUCUUGGGCUCCUGUCCCCUCCAGACUCCCUGGUCAGAGUGCAGCACCACCAUGGGCUGGCUGUCCCUUGGUCUGAGGCUGCUUUUCUCUCGUUCUUCUGCCUGUCAACAACCAGUCUCCACAGUCCCGGCCAAGUCACAUGGAACAGACAUGACACCAGCAGGACCCUGGCCCUGGAGCUGAGCACGCCCAGCCAAGGCAGAGGGACAGGCCAGAGUGGUGUCUGAGGGUUCUCAGGCUGCACAGUAGGAGCCAACGCUCUCCUGGACCCCACAGUGGUCUGUGGGGACAUGAGACACUGAAGAGAGAGGUGCCAGAGCACCAGGACGCUGUCUCCUGUUCAGCAGUCGUCCUCAGACUAGAAUGGCCUCCAAACAAAGGUCCAAACCAAGUCAGGGCUGGCCUGCCCUCACAGCAUACUAGGAAAUUGGAUACAAGCAAAAGAAACAAUAUAAGUGCCCAUCCUCAGGGGACUACAGACCACCCAACCUCACAGACAGGAGGCCUCUUCCACAGACAGGUCACCUCGUCUACACAGUCGGCAUCUCACUCGCCACAGCGCACUCCCCAGAACUGGACAGAGCAGCCCAGAGGGGUGAGGUCCACGGGUCCCGCCUGCGGAGUGCCAGCACCACCUGCCUCAGGCCCCUGGAGCUCCAUGAUAAGAAAUGCUCCUUUCACCUCUAAUGAAAAUUUUAGAAUGCAUUCCUGAUUGCUGCAGCAAAUCUUUGGGUUUUGUGAAUGAAAACUGAGUGCACUUUUUCUCUGCCUUGGUGGCCUUCCCUGUCCCAGCCUGGAGGGCCCUUGGGCUCCAGAGGAGAGGCCUCACACCUGACUCUCCCUCAACAUGCUCUCGGCUGUGGCGCCUGGAACACAGCACCAAGAAGCCAAUUAGCAGUCUCCAGUGUGACCCCUGCCCAUCCCCCAUGGGCCCCAAGGUUUCCCCAGACACUCGUGAGCCAGGAAAGCAUCCUUCUCCAGUCGGUUUCCAAGUGUAGAUCUGCAAACACACUCUCCCCUCCCAUCUACACCACCUAGCAAGGAAGGGGGAGUAAAACUCAAGUCAUGAGGACAUGGUAGUCACCAUUCUGUCAGUUUAAAAUUGUCUGUUGAAUUUGUCAUUGCAUCUGUGUGUAGCCUUUGAACACAGAACAUCUGCCUGGACCCUAAAUUCACUGGACAAAACAGAUACAUGAAUUUUCCUCAGUCAGUUUCUGAAUAUUGUGAAUACACAGGCAGGGUGUUUGUCUUUUUUGCAUGUUUUUAUGCAAUGCCAAUUAGCUUCUACUAACCAUGGUUAAAUAGAAAUUAAAUGUCUAUCUGUGAAUACAAGAAACUGCACAGCAUGCAACCCAGGAGACAGAGAUGGGUUCUGUCAGGGGUGACACCCAGGAUACAGGGACAGGUUCUGUCAGGCCUGACACCCAGGUGAUAGGGACAGGUUCUGUCAGGGGUGAUACCCAGGAGACAGGGGCAGGUUUUGACAGGGGAAUAAUAUUAGGAAACAGGGACAGGUUCUGUCAGGGGAAUAACAUUAGGAGACAGAGACAGGUUCUGUCAGGGAAGGACAUUAGGAGACAGGGACAGGUUCUGUCAGGGGAGGACAUUAGGAGACAGGGACAGAUUCUGUCAGGGUGACACCCAGGAGACAGGGACAGGUUCUGUCAGGGGAGGACAUUAGGAGACAGGGACAGGUUCUGUCAGGGGAGGACAUUAGGAGACAGGGACAGGUUCUGUCAGGGGAGGACAAUAGGAGACAGGGACAGGUUCUGUUAGGGGAGGACAUUAGGAGACAGGGACAGGUUCUGUAAGGGGUGACACCCAGGAGACAGGGACAGGUUCUGUCAGGGGAGGACAUUAGGAGACAGGGACACGUUCUGUCAGGGGAGGACAUUAGGAGACAGGGACAAGUUCUGUCAUUGGUGACCCCCAGGAGAGAGGGACAGGUUCUGUCAAGGGAGGACAUUAGGAGACAUGGACAGAGGUUCUGUCAGGGUGACACCCAGGAUACAGGGACAGGUUCUGUCAGGGGAAUAACAUUAGGAAACAGGGACAGGUUCUGUCAGGGGAAUAACACUAGGAGACAGGGACAGGUUCUGUCAGGGGAAUAACAUUAGGAGACAGGGACAGGUUUUGUAAGGGGUGACACCCAGGAGACAGGGACAGGUUCUGUAAGGGGUGACACCCAGGAGACAGGGACAGGUUCUGUCAAGGGAGGACAUUAGGAGACAGGGACAGGUUCUGUCAGGGGAGGACAAUAGGAGACAGGGACAGGUUCUGUUAGGGGAGGACAUUAGGAGACAGGGACAGGUUCUGUAAGGGGUGACACCCAGGAGACAGGGACAGGUUCUGUCAGGGGAGGACAUUAGGAGACAGGGACAGGUUUUGUCAGGGGAGGACAUUAGGAGACAGGGACAGGUUCUAUAAGGGGUGACACCAGGAGACAGGGACAGGUUCUGUCAGGGGUGACACCCAGGAGACAGGGGCAGGUUCUGUCAGGGGAGGACAGUGUUAACAGUGUCUGAGCAUCAGGAGAGAGAAGGGUAGGAGAGUGUCUGACAACACUGAUCAUACCAGAAUACUUAUUUAUUUCUAUUUAAUGCUAUAGGAUAAACAACUAGCUAGUGGUCACAAAUUAGCUUUACCAAAAUCAAAGUUCAAAUUAUAUGUUUAAAAUAUCAUAGCAAAAAAUUUAUAUUUAUACUGGAGUAUUUUUACACCUUUAAUAUCCUCAGUCUUAAGUUUGGGGGCAGGUGAAAUUACAGCAGCGGCCAGUGAGUCGGGAAAAGGCCCCUGCAGGAGUUCCGCUUGUCUUGCGUCCUGUCCAUGCCGCUCCACCUCCACACCUGGCGGGAACAGCUCAGGGCAGGCCACAGGCUCCCACUCCACCCCCACCCCACUGGCUGCUGCAGCCUCCCGUGUUGUGAAUAGUGCACUGGCACACAGCAGCUCCUGUGUGUCUGCUUGUCUGUGGCUGCUGGGACGAUACAACUGGAGUGGGGAGGAGUUUAGACAGAUGCCUUGGCCCUGCACACCUAAGGGGAAAGUGCCUGCCCAUCCAGUUCAUUUGUUCCUGCAGGUGACUUUGCUGGGUACUCCAUCCUGCAGCACACGCCACAGGGACAUCCUGCUGUCACCUGUUCCAUACAGCACAGGCUGACAAUUUAGCUGUACUGUGAAGUUAUCAAUAGGCUAAAAUGCCCUUCAAACACUGAACCUGAAUAACUUUCCUCCACUUACUACUGAACACUUUGGCAACUCCGGUGGUUCAGGGGCAUGGCCUUUCACCAUGGGUAUGUGAUGGGGGAUGCUUUAGUUAACUCUUUCUUUAGACCUCUUAAUAAACUAAACCAAGCCAAACAACAAAGGAAGCCUACACAACUUAAAGGAAACUUGAAAGGGAUAAUGUAUACUACUAGUUUGUACUAAGUAUUUUUCAAGAAAGGGAAACAAAUUUAUAUAUAUAUAUGCAAUAUAUUUUUUCACUGUUAUAUUAAUGUUAGGGAGUACUGAGCAUAUCACUUUAUCAGUGUGAUGGGUCAUGUCCGUGUCAUGGGUGUUCUGACACAGAAAGGCACUUCUGUUGACUAACCACACUCACCAGGAAUGUCUGUGGGGUUGGGGCAGCCCUGCUGUUCCUCCUGCAGAGCUCAAAGUGUGGUGUCACCUGUUGGACUUGCUGUCAAGGCCUGGCUUGCAAACCUUUAGUGAAACAGCUAAUGUCUGUCUGCAUAUUGCUCCUUGUGUUUGCUGUUGUUAACAUUGUGUGUCAAAUUGGUAAAGUGAUUGAAUAAAGGUGAUAAAACAUGCA